AUGGUCAAGACAAGUUACGAUGAUGAUGAUCAGUCAAAUUCAGAUUGGGGUGAUGGUAGGCAAGUCAGACCAUGCCCAGAUGUUCCUCUAGAAAAACAGCGGGGUUGGUGGAAGAUAGAUGACGUUGAAACCCUCAAAAACCUCCUCAUGUCUUUGAAUGGUAGAGGCCUAAGGGAGAAAGUUCUACAGAAAUAUCUGGAGAAGAAUUUUGAAACCGUGUGCCAGAGUAGUUUCAAGAUGAAGAAAAAUACACAUUACCAGCAACACCAACAACAACAUCAAAACAUUUACAACACCAACAACAUCAACAUCAACAACAACACAUAA